AUGACAGACCUUGCGAAAACUCCCUUCGUAAGGGAGCUCGCCUCGAGUGACAAAAAGAUCCGCGACAAAGCCACCGACUCCCUCUCUCUCUUCCUCCGGUCCAAAACCGACCUAUCCCUCCUCGACUUCCUCAAACUCUGGAAAGGCUUGUUCUUCUGCUUCUACCACUCCGACCGCCCCCUCACCCAACAAGCUCUUGCCCGCAACCUCUCCUACACGCUCGUCCCCUCUCUCCCCCAGACAACAGUGCACCGCUUCCUCCGCGCAUUCUGGAUAACCAUCGGCCGCGAAUUCCACGCCAUUGAUCGUCUGCGACUAGACAAGUACCUCUACCUGAUCCGCUCGUACGUCGGCGUUGCAUUCCAGAUCUUCCUCAAGAACAACAACUCAGCAACUGCCAACGGCGCCAGCAAAAAGCGCAAGAGAGAAGAAACCACAGCAUCCAAGAAGCGCUCAAAGUCAAAGUCGAAGUCAAAGAGCAAACAUGCGGAUGAGGACGAGGAGGAAGAGCAGGAGGAUGUGACGAAUUCGAACUGGGCGGAUCUACAAGCUUAUCUAGACAUAAUAACCGAGGGACCUCUGCACCCAUUGAACUUCGAUCCGAGCCAGCCAAAGCCCGAUGAGGAGAACGGUGUUAUUCCGAUGCCACAUGGGCCUGACGGGUUGCGAUACCACUUGCUUGAUAUCUGGAUUGAUGAGAUUGAGAAAGCUAUUGAGAUUGAUCCCGAGAGCGGGAAGCCUGUUGGUGAGGUUCCGAUGGAGAUGCUACUGGCCCCGGUUGAGAGGCUGAAGAAGGAAAGCGCGCACAGGCCUGUUAGGACCAGGGCCGGGGAGACGCUGGAUGAUGAGCGGUUGGUUGAAUGGGGCUUCAAGGAAAAGAAGGCGGACAAGGCUGAUAGUGAGGAUGAGGAGAGUGAGGAGGAGUGGGGUGGGUUUGGGGAUGUUUAG